AGACGCGGAGCAGCUCCGGGAGUUCUCAGAAGAGAAGAAGGCGAGGAAAAGUUUGGAGUGUGUGUCAGCAGCAGCAGCAGCAGCGGCAGUCCAGCGUUUAUCCGCAGCCUGAGACAGGCUCUAUCUGCGGUGGAGAGGCGGUACAAUCCUCAGCAGUGUUCUGAGACUGUACGGCCACGAUCGCUUCCAGACAGCCAGCCAGCCAGCCUAACAGCCUUUCUGGACUAACACACAGCUUUUAUGACAUGAUCUGUCAAAGCGCUGCUUCCGACCUGCGCACGUCCAUGUAAAACCUGCACACGUUACUCAGCCAUUCUGACCCUGAAAGUUGGACGUAACAUAGACUGAAGGGGAAUUACAACACUGAAACAAGAGAGCAUGACGGCCGAUAAAGAGAAAAAGAGGAGCAGCUCAGAGCGGCGAAAGGAGAAGUCCCGGGACGCCGCUCGCUGCCGGCGCAGCAAGGAGACGGAGGUCUUCUACGAGCUGGCGCACCAGCUGCCUCUGCCCCACAGCACCAGCGCCCACCUGGACAAGGCCUCCAUCAUGAGGCUGGCGAUCAGCUUCCUGCGCACCCGCAAGGUGCUCACCUCAGGCUGUUGCAGUAGCAGCGGUGGUGGUAACAGCGUGGAGGACAGGCAGAUGGACAGCCAGUACCUGAAGUCUCUGGAGGGCUUCAUCACCCUGGUAACGUCCGACGGCGACAUGAUAUUCCUGUCCGAGAACAUCAACAAAUUCAUGGGGCUCACGCAGGUGGACCUCACUGGUCAGAGCAUCUUUGACUUCACCCAUCCGUGCGACCACGAGGAGAUCAGAGAAAACCUCAGCCUGAAGACAUCUGGCAGCUUUGCUAAAAAAGGCAAAGAGCUGAGCACGGAGCGAGAUUUCUUCAUGAGGAUGAAAUGCACGGUGACCAACAGAGGACGCACCGUCAACCUCAAGUCAGCCAGCUGGAAGGUGUUGCAUUGCACCGGACACCUGAAAAUGUACAACAGCUGCCCUCCCCGAGUGCUGUGCGGCUACAAAGAGCCGCCGCUCACCUGCGCUGUCCUGAUGUGCGAACCCAUCGCACACCCGUCCAACAUCGACACGCCGCUGGACAGCAAGACCUUCCUGAGCCGACACAGCAUGGACAUGAAGUUCACCUACUGCGACGAGAGGGUGACGGGGUUGAUGGGUUACACUCCCGAGGAUCUACUGGGUCGUUCAGUCUACGACUUUUACCACGCCCUGGACUCAGACGGCGUCUCCAAGAGCCAUCACAACUUGUGUACCAAGGGUCAGGCAGUGAGCGGUCAGUAUCGCAUGCUGGCUAAGAACGGAGGCUACGUCUGGGUAGAAACCCAGGGAACUGUUAUUUAUAACAGCCGCAACUCCCAGCCCCAGUGCAUCGUGUGCAUAAACUACGUCCUCAGUGACAUCGAGGAGAAGUCGAUGGUUUUCUCCCUGAAGCAGACCGAGUCGCUGUUCAAGCCGCACCACAUGAACAGCUUCUUCACUGCCGGAGGUACAAGCGUGACCGGAGAGCCGGGAGAAGGCCUCUUCACCAAACUCAAGGAGGAGCCGGAGGACCUCGCCCAGCUGGCCCCCACACCCGGAGACACAAUCGUCAGCCUGGAAUUCGAUCGCCCUCCGUUUGAGGAUCCCCAGCAGCCUGCAGGAUACACCCAGGUGUCUGCCGCGGCCAUGCCCCCUCCUGGACCUCCAUCCUGGGCCAGCGAGAGCCACAAGCCCGCCCCUUCCGCACCAGUUCCAAGGGACAUGGGUACCAUGGCGGGUAAUCUCAUCAUGCAGGAGAAUCCGCCACCGGGCAGCGCCACGCCGAGCCUCAGCAGCUGCUCCACGCCCAGCAGCCCAGGUGAUUACUACAGCUCAGUGGAGAGCGAUCUGAAGGUGGAGCUGACUGAGAAGCUCUUUGCUUUGGACACCGAAGGCAACGACAGUCCAGCGGACAUCGAGAGGGACUUGAGUGACUUAGACCUGGAGACUUUGGCUCCCUACAUCCCGAUGGAUGGCGAGGACUUCCAGCUGAAUCCCAUCAUCCCAGAGUCAGAUCCCCUGGAGGGGGGUCCAGCAGGAUCAAUGGGGGGCAAGGGCAGCCAGGCCAGCCGGCAGAGCUUCAGCAAGAUCGCGAGCCUCUUCCAGCCACUGGCCUCCCCUCCUCUGCCCCAGGGCCACUUCCAGCACCAGGCAGUUGCAUCCUGGGCCGCGGGCGAGAAGAGAGGCUCCCGCCACGGGACCGUGGACUCGCGUGCAGGGUUUUGCAUGAUGGGGCACAUGCAGAAUCCCCCGUACCAGGCUCCAGCCAGCACCCCUCUGUCCUCCAUGGGGGGCAGACAGAAUCUGCAGUGGCCUCCGGACCCACUGUUAACCUAUCAACGACAACAACCACAACGCUCUACCAAGACCUACCUGAUGGACACUUUUUCAGGAGAGGAGCGCCCGUCCUGCCAACAGAACAUGCCACACCUCAUGCAGAAACAGAGGUCCAUUGACAAUUUCGUACAAGCCUACAGAGACAUGAGUCCAGCCAGAGUGGCCAUGGCCAACAGUGUCAAGCGCUCCUUCACUCAGAUGGCUAUCGGUGAAAGUACGCCGUCAGAAAUCAUUUGGAAGAAGAUGAGAGGUGACGGUUGUGCCGCCAUGGAUCGCUCCCUCAGCGCAGGAUCUCUGGCAGCGUCCGAGAUGGGGAGGACGAUGCCGGGCAGCAUGUCUUCAGGUCUCAGUUCUCUGCAGCAACACAGGAAGUCUCAGAAUCCAGGAAACUGGAUAGGUGGUGCAAAUGACAAACCCUUUCCCCGAAAGAGCUGCAACUACACCUACAACAUGCUGCCUUCCAACAAGACGGAGGGUAUUGCGAGUCGUUUAGUGGGCCCUUCUUUUGACACCUCCUGUCUGCCAGAGUUGACCGGUUACGACUGCGAAGUCAACGUCCCGCUGCAGGGCAACCUGCACCUCCUCCAGGGCUGUGACCUGCUGAGAGCCCUGGACCAGGCCUCUUAGAGCCCCAGAUUUAAAAUCUGCCAUAGACCCGGACUUAAAUCCCCAGCCCGAGACUUAAGCCUGUCUUUUCCUUUGUAACCUCGGGGCCGUCUGAGAGCCCUGAGGCCGAGCUACCUAUAACGAAUGGUAUUCCUAAUCCCAUUCUGCCUUAUUUUAGCUUCCAGAGCUCAGCCCCACUCUCUGUUCCCUGUCCUGUUCGUCUGUACAUCUAAACAAAGCAAGCUAUCAGGGUCAAGCCACUUGCAAAAUCAGAUGCAGGUUGAAAAGUUGCCCUGCAUUGACAACCACAUAGACGACCCACAUGUAACAUGAGCCACAUAAAUAAAAAGGUCAACGCGGGACAAUUAACUAACAAAGGCAAAGUAAUGCCACCACUCUGGCUGACCUGUGUCAAAAAGUCUGGACUCUGGGAUUUACUGCCGGUUAUCAGAUUCGGUGUAAACGUCUCUCUGUGUUCAGAAACACCGGCUGAACUCGGGUCUAUGGUGUAAAAAGGGUAUUAGUGGUGGGGGGGAGGGGCGGGGGGAAUUUAAACCUACAACCUGUGUCUUAUCCUGGCCCUGUCUCUAUUGCAGCCCUACACCCUGAUAUGAACUCUAUGCAGCUCAGUUCCCAGACCUUCUCUUUGUAGGCUAACUCUUUUAGCUCAGAGAAGUAACAUACUACCUAGACACUUUGUUCUUUCACCUUGUGCAUUUGACCAGCAAUUAGACCCAUCCCACUUUUCCUAGUCCCAGGCAAAACUUCAAACAAGAGUUGGGUAUCAUGAAGUGGUUCUGAAUUGUAGCCAUUUUAAAUGUAUACAUGUAGAAAAACAAGAAUCCUUUGUAAAGCAUACUUUAAUUCUGCUUAUUGAUUCCCAAAAAAGAUAACAAGACGAUCCAGAUGCAAAUCACAUGGGGCUAGAGCGGCACGGAGUAAUCCAUUAAUUGUCAACUAUUAAAUUAAUUGCCAACUAGUUUGAGUAAUUUUUUAUGAAAAAAUUAAAAAGACUCCAGUCUCUUAAAAUCUUUAGUGCGUAACUUUUUUCAUAUUAAUGGACGUCCGUUACAUUCAAGCCAUUGCCAAAUGAGUUGAUACAAAGCUCUUCUGAGGUCAUUAUUCUGAGGUUACGUUUUCAAAUCCUCCAUGUCCUCCUUGGCUACUAGCAACUGUGUGGGUUGAGGGCGGUGUGCGCGAUUACAACAACAGUUUAUUUGUCAUUACUUCUAAUUCAUCAUGGGGGCGACAGAAACUACGCACUACAGCUUUAAAUGUGAAUAUGUUCUUGUUUCUUCUCUUCUGUGACAGCAAACUGAAUAUAUUUGAUUUGUGGAUAACUGAUAUUUUUAUAGACCAAAACAACAACAAAAAACAUUGGCGCCGUACUAUUUGAACAUUGAACUGGUUUGAACAUUGUUGGCAACAUUUGGGAUAGUGUGAGUACACAACUUAACAAAGACUAUAACAUAGUCGGUUUCAGACAUUUUACUGCCAGAUGGUUACAUAUUUUACCUUUAAGCCAACUUAAGGUGUGUUUUCAUUCAUUUCGUUCUCAAAAGACAAGCUGAGAAUCAGAAUCAAUAAGCAGAAUCCAAAUACUAAAUGAUACCCACCUCGGCUCAAGCCUCUUCCACAGACUGUAUACAGACAGAAACUCUUCUAUACAGUCAUCAGCCUGCCUCUUCUUACCCAAUCCAUCCCAGCGGAGUCACGGCAACAUCACCGCCUGCAGUUUGAAGUCUGAUUCUCACCGGGUUCACAGUAGCAUUAAUUCAGUUUGGGUCAAACGUAACAACAUGUGCAUGAUAUUGUUAUUUUCUAGUUAUUAUGAGUCUAUUUUUGUUAUUGAACUAAGACAUUUUUAGCUUUUAGCAGAUCUCCCCACACCUUAUUGAAUCCAAACCGACGGGAUACUUUACAAUUCUGCUUUGGUUCUCCUCAUUUAUUUGCCAUAUUCUUACUCUACCUACCAGAGUCUUUAAAAAUAUAUUUUGUUUGUGUCCAACUCACGGACACACUAAUACACAUAUAUUGUAAUACAUGUACUCUACUGUAAGUUGAAUAGUGUUUGAUUUUUUGUUUUUGUUUUUCUAUCUUCUCUAUUCAUUAGUCUGUCCUAAACAUGUUUGUCCUCACGCCCGCCUCUCUCGGUCAGGCGGGUAGCUUGUGCGAUCACAAUCUUACUGUGCCAUUACUUCAUUAAGCUAAUAUAGCCAGCCACAAAGCCUGCCUUACUCACUACACUGAUAGAUUGUACAGAGGAUCUGACUGACACACACCGUUACAGGUUCACGUGAUUAGAUUGUAGAAUUCACACACUUCAUGCAAUACAGAAAACCAUAAAAAACAAUGUUGUGCACGAACUAUGUUAAGGUUAGAGCAUGAAAAGGAACGGGGGGCGGGGGGGCUUUCCUGCAUGCAAGUUUAGUUUUAGUCACAGUAAUAUUUGCCAUAAAAGACCAUACGUGUUGUAGGCCUCUUAACUUAUGUAUUUUGGGUCGCACUUUGCUACAGCUCUGUCAUAGUGGGGUUAAAGGACAAUGAGAGGUAAAAGUAAUACCUUGCAAUAGGGUGGGGGUUGUCAGUCAUUUUUUUUAAGAUUUUUGGCCAUCUCAGGCCUUUAUUUAUAGGCACCUGAAGACAUUAAGGGAGAGGAGAGGGGAAUGACAUGCAGCAAAGGGCCGCAGGUCGGAGAGUGAACCUGUGGUUGCUGUGUUGAGAGUUAACCUAUUUGUCUCUUAUAUAUAUAUUUAUAUAAAUAUAUAUAUAUAAUAUAUAUAUAUAUAUAUAUAUAUAUAUAUAUAUAUAAUUAUAUAUUAUAUAAUAUGUAGUGGUGUGUGUGUGUGUUGUGUGUGUGUGUAUAGGUGCUCAUUCUACCAGUGACUACCAAGGCUCCCAGUUUAACAUUCUGAUUCCAAUCUUCUGUCAAUUGAUUCUUGAUUGUGAUCUUGAACGGGUCACAUCUUUUUCACAGAUAAAUUAGAAUUAGUAUUUUUUUCAGUAAAUAGUAAUAUUUUUUUUACUGGGCUUUUUCAGCCACACUUAGAGCGCCGCUUACUGUGCUCCAUGGCUGCAACACAAAAAGUGCCUGGCAUCUACGGAAACUAAAAACUUGUUGCAUGUUAAAUUUGGAACCGAUCAGAUUCCAAACCAAAAAUUCCAGACGAUUCCAAUAAAGAAUCAAAUCCAUAUGGGAUGUUAUUUUUUUAAACAAUCCCAAGUUGGAGCCGGUUCUCGGUAGCCCAUCCUACUUACCUAAAAAAAAAAUAAAUAAAUAAAAGAAGGUAAAAUUAGGUAAUGGCAUGUUGACUAAAAUCCAAUGGGGUAUUGAGGGUUUUAAAACAAAGGGCGUUACUGGGAAAACACACUUAAAGAUAGCAAUGAGGCAAAACGUUUUAGUAAUAGUAUACUAGUAAUAUCUUGGUAAGAAUACACUAACCUGCUAACAAUAUAAUGGUUAUAUCAGUGCAAUAUUUGGAAUUAACAACGGUAAUAUGGUGAGUAAUAACCUCAUAAUUAUGAGGUAAUAUAUUGAUGAAUUUGUAUUAUUGUGUAAACUUCGACCUGUAUUCCCUUAUUAGUUACCCUACUAUUACAAUGUUAGUGUCGAGCUGCUGUGUAAAGUACUACCGUAUUCUUUGUACCAUUGCAGGCAGCCAUUGGUUUCCAUUUGUUUCUGUGCAGAUUGAAAUUGUAGAAUUGAAACAUGUGUAAAACAGCUGUUUUGUCCAUGAAAUGUGAGAAGAUAGUGAACAAUGCCUGUUAUUGUAUCUGAGAGCCAAAGGUAGCAAAUCAGAAUCUGCCCAUCAGUCAAUCAAAAGAUAUUCAGAUUACGAUCGUACAUGACAAAGACUUAGAACUGCGCAUGCAAAAGCGGAGCAGCUUCAUAAUUCCGAAUUUUGUUCUUCACAUUUUAGAAAUGUAAAUUAUUUUAUCUAUUUCCUAAAUAAGGUUUAACUUUGUAAUUUCACUUCGCACAGUGCAGACAUAAAUAGAAACCAAUGUCUGAACUACUGCAUUAUGGUCAGCUGUAACAUAAAAAAAGGACGUGAGAUUUGUAGCAAAGGGGCUAAAACCUGCAAAGUCAAUGGUGUGCUAACCGGAGGAUAUUUUGGUGGGUUAAGGGGCGUUUUGGCCAAUCAGAGGGGCCAAUCAGAAGGGCAAUUGCUUCAGCUUUUAGAU